AUGGCUUCCACCGCUCCUAAGACCAUCAAGGCGUACGCGGCUUUCGAUUCCACUGGAGAGUGCAAGCCCUGGAAGUACACUUCGCGUCCAUUGGGAGACGCCGACAUUGAGGUCAAAAUCUCGCACUGUGGCAUAUGUGGUACGGACGUGCACACCCUGGACAGCGGCUGGGGCCCAGCCAACUACCCUGUGGUAGCUGGUCACGAGAUUAUCGGUGAAGUGACGAUGGCGGGCCCCAAUGUCAAGAACAUGACAGUGGGUGACCGUGUGGGUGUUGGUUGUCAGGUGUGGGCCUGUCUGAACAAACAGGGCCACGAAUGUCGUGACUGUGCUGCUGGCCAGGAUGCGUACUGCAAUGACAUCGUCUUCACGUACAACGCGAAAUACAAGGACGGCACUCCCACGUACGGCGGAUACGCCGAGUACAUUCGCCUGGACAGCGACUUCGCUUUCAAGAUUCCGGACAAUAUCCCAUCGGCCGAGGCGGCUCCUCUGCUGUGUGCAGGCGUUACGGUCUUCGGUCCUCUUAACCGUGAAAACAUCAAGGAGGGCGACCGCGUCGGUGUUAUCGGUAUUGGCGGCCUCGGUCACCUAGCCAUUCAGUUCAUCCAUGCUCUGGGUGCCACCCCCAUCGCUUUUUCGCGGUCAGCUUCGAAGGAGAAAGAAGUUCGCGGUCUGGGAGCCGAGGAAUUCUACGACUUGAGCAACCCUGAGCACCAAAAGAAGGCCGCCGAGUCGGUCGAUAUGCUGUUGCUCACGGCCGAUGCCCCUGAUAUGCCCUACAACUUGUAUCUCGGGCUUAUCCGGAAGCGCGGGACUCUAGUACAAUUGUCCGUACCGAACGGAGAAGCCAAGUUCCUGCCGUUCUUCGUCGUUGGCAGGGGCAUCAAGUGGAUGGGAAGCUUUAUCGGCAGCCUGCAGGACGUCAAGGACAUGUUGAAAGUGGCAUCGGAGAAGAACGUUCGUCCGGUGAUCCAGAAACUGCCCAUGAGCAAGGUGAACGAGGGUCUUAAUAUGGUUCGCCAAGGCCGGGCACGCUACCGUGUCGUGUUGGAGAACUAAGCCGGGGUUGUUCACCGAGUUUUUGACUCGAGUCAGAAGUAGUUUCGACUGGAUGUGUCUUACCAUUAGGUCGCGGCUUUUUUCCGAUGAGGUACACCUCAUGAAUACAAGAAUGAAUGAAAUCCAA